UGCCUACACCAUCCUUCCCACGGCAAAGUGGGCAACAGAUGGUUCCACAAACAUAGCAGAUGCUGCUUUUGAAUCCAGAUUCCAACAAGAUCAUGGCGGAGCAUUGCCACACGCAGAAGCAGCUCGAUUUACAAAAUGGUAGCUCAGAGGCAAGCUUGGUGGCAAAUUCCCUUGAGGACGAUUCCCCAAACAUGAUGGAGAGCCUGAGCCCGAAGAAAUAUUCUUCCAGCCUGAGAUUUAAAGCCAAUGGAGACUAUUCUGGCUCUUAUUUAACCCUCUCACAACCUGUGGCUGCUAAGAGAAGCCCUUCCCCUCUGGGAACCAGUGUCAGGAGCAGCCCCUCCCUGGCCAAAAUCCAGGGAAGCAAGCAGUUCUCCUGCGAUGGGACUGACAAAAAUAUUUCCAUGAAACCGCCCACCCCUCUACUCAGCACUUCCCCCUCCCUCAGUGGGUACCCACUUGGGAGAGGGGACUUCGAUCAUUAUACUGGCCGGGACAGUGAAAGGUCCUUGAGGCUCGCAGAGAAGCCUCCCUACUCCAAAUAUAGCUCAAGGAAUAAAUCCCAUGACAAUGUCUACUUUCUCGGGGGGCUGGAAGGCCGGAAGGUGUCCGGCUCCCUCCUGGCCAUGUGGAACGGAAGUCCCCUGAGUGACACGGGCCCCUCUUCCAUCAGCAGAUCGGGGGCAGCAAGCAUGCCUUCAAGCCCAAAGCAAGCCAGGAAAAUGAGCAUCCAGGACAACCUGACCCUUCAGCCCAAGUUGAGCCAACACAAGGAGCCGGCAUCUGAAAACAUGGGUUUAAGAACUAGGAAGUAUUCGGGCAGCAGCCUGAGUCACAUGGGAGCCUACAGCCGCUCUCUCCCCAGGUUACACAGGGCCACCGACAACCAGCUGACACCCCUCAGUUUGCCUCCCAGAAACUCUCUGGGCAGUUCCAAACGAACAAAACUGGGGGAAAAGGAUCUACCUCAUAGCAUCAUAGACAAUGACAAUUACCUGAAUUUUUCUUCUUUGAGCUCAGGGGCUUUACCCUAUAAACCCUCAGCGUCUGAGGGCCAUCCUUACGUCAGUUCCACCCUCAGUGUCCCUGCCAGUCCGCGAGUGGCUCGCAAGAUGCUUCUGGCCUCCACCUCCUCCUGUACCUCCGAUGACCUUGACAGGGCUUCCUACUCUGGGCCUGGCCCAGGUCACUCGUUUCCUCCCGGGGAGCUGGACAGAGUGUUUGCCGCCAGGAGGAACUUCUCUUGUGGAUCUGUCGAGUUUGAUGAUGCAGAUUUGGACAGCCUCAGACAGGCCUCAGGAACUCCCCAGCCCAUCCUUCGGGAAAGGAAAAGCAGCAUCAGCUCCAUUUCAGGCCGUGAUGACCUGAUGGAUUAUCACCGGCGGCAGAGGGAGGAGAGACUCAGGGAGCAGGAGAUGGAGCGACUGGAGAGACAGCGUCUGGAGACCAUCCUCAGUCUCUGUGCUGAAUACACAAAGCCCGACCGUCGCUUGUCCACAGGCACCACCGUGGCCGAUGUGCAGAAGAUCAAUAAGGAGCUUGAGAAGCUGCGGCUCUCUGAUGAGGAGUCCGUGUUUGAAGAAGCCAUGGUGAGCCCUGACGCCAGGUACAGGUGCCGCCCGAAAGGCUCUCUCCAUGAUGCGGACUCGGCAAUCUUCGGGAGCGUCGGGCAGAGCAGUGCUGGCUUCCUGUCCCCCAGGAGCAGCAGGAAUGAUGACCUGCUCAGGGACCUCACGCCUCCCUUUCUGAAAACUUCCAGCGAGUCUGCUUAUCUUAGUAUCCUACCGAAGACCCCAGAGGAUAUAAACGAAGAACAAAGGAUUCAGGAGUUGGCAGCAAUGGAAGAGACCCGGAUAGCAAUUCUAAAUAACCUCGAAGAACUUGAACAAAAAAUCAAAGAUAUCAAUGACCAGAUGGAUGAAUCUUCCAGAGAGUUGGACAUGGAAUGUGCUCUUUUGGAUGGAGAACAGAAAUCUGAAACAACGGAACUUAUGAAAGAGAAGGAAAUUUUGGAUCAUCUAAAUCGGAAAAUAGCAGAACUGGAAAAGAACAUCGUUGGUGAAAAGACCAAGGAGAAGGUAAAGCUUGAUGCUGAGAGGGAAAAACUAGAGAGGCUUCAGGAGCUUUACUCCGAGCAGAAGACCCAGCUGGACAAUUGUCCUGAGUCCAUGAGGGAGCAAUUACAGCAACAACUGAAGAGGGAUGCCGACCUGUUGGAUGUGGAGAGCAAACACUUUGAAGACCUGGAAUUCCAGCAGCUUGAGCGUGAGAGCCGUCUGGAUGAGGAGAAGGAGAACCUGACCCAACAGCUCCUGCGUGAAGUAGCCGAAUAUCAACGGAACAUUGUGACUCGAAAGGAAAAAAUUUCUGCAUUGAAAAAGCAAGCGAAUCACAUUGUCCAGCAGGCUCAGAGAGAACAAGAUCAUUUUGUGAAAGAAAAGAAUAAUUUAAUAAUGAUGUUGCAAAGAGAAAAGGAAAAUCUUUGUAAUUUGGAAAAGAAAUACUCCAGCCUCUCUGGGGGGAAAGGGUUUCCUGUCAACCCCAGUACUCUGAAAGAGGGCUGUAUCAGUGUAAAUGAAAUUAAUGAGCCAUGUGUCAAUUCCACGAAUCUAUCCCCUUCCACUCAGUUCCCCGCUGAUGCUGAUGCUGAUGCCACUGGGCCUGCCACAGCUGUGCUGGUGAGCCAGCCACAAAAUAAAGAGCAUUUUAGAAGUCUGGAAGAAAGGAAAAAACAGCAUAAAGAAGGCCUCUAUCUGAGUGACACUUUGCCUCGAAAGAAAACCACACCUUCCAUAUCCCCACAUUUCAGCAGUGCUACUAUGGGGAGAAGCACCGCCCCGAAGGUUCACCUGCCCCUGGGACAGAGCAGUAGCUGCGGCAGCGUCCUCCCUCACUCGCUGGCAGCCGUGACCAAAGACUCAGACUCCCGGAGGGUGCUCAGAGGGUAUAAUCACCAACAGAUGAGUGAAGGACAAAGGCAGAAAUCUUCUCAAUUUUACAACCGCACAGCAUCUGAAUCAAAUGUCUACUUGAACAGUUUCCACUACCCCGAUCACAGCUAUAAGGACCAGGCCUUUGAUACGUUGAGCCUAGACAGCUCCGAUAGCAUGGAGACCAGCAUCUCCGCCUACUCACCUGACAAUAUCUCUAGUGCCAGCACUUCAAAUAUUGCCAGAAUAGAAGAAAUGGAGAGACUUUUGAAGCAGGCUCAUGCAGAAAAGACCCGACUGCUUGAAUCCAGGGAACGGGAAAUGGAAGCCAAGAAACGAGCUCUGGAAGAAGAAAAACGACGGCGAGAACUCCUGGAAAAACGAUUGCAGGAGGAAACUAGCCAGCGGCAGAAGUUAAUCGAAAAGGAAGUAAAAAUCAGGGAGAAACAAAGGGCACAGGCUCGACCUCUGACACGCUAUCUGCCUGUCCGGAAGGAAGACUUCGAUUUGCGAAGCCACGUAGAGACUGCUGGCCACAAUAUCGAUACCUGUUACCACGUGUCGAUCACAGAGAAGACCUGCCGAGGAUUCCUUAUCAAAAUGGGUGGAAAAAUUAAAACUUGGAAAAAACGAUGGUUCGUUUUUGAUCGGAACAAGCGCACAUUCUCUUAUUAUGCAGACAAGCAUGAAGCUAAAUUAAAAGGAGUAAUAUACUUCCAAGCCAUUGAAGAAGUGUAUUAUGAUCACCUCAAGAACGCUAAUAAGAGUCCUAAUCCAUUACUCACCUUUAGUGUCAAGACGCACGACAGAAUCUACUAUAUGGUUGCGCCGUCGCCGGAAGCCAUGCGCAUCUGGAUGGAUGUUAUAGUUACUGGGGCGGAAGGUUACACGCACUUCUUGUUGUAGUGAAUAACAGUCUACUUCAGGGCUGACUGCAAUAAUCUCUUACAAGAAUGAAGCCAUACUCAAUCCCAGAUGGAAAGACCCAACAGACCCAUCCCUCUCACUGUGUAUACUCAGAACUCCUUUUAUAUUAAUAGAAAGUCAUUUGUAAAAGAGAAAAAAGGGGUUUAAAUUCAAAGCUGGAUGAUAAAUAGCAAAAGGAUUGAAGCACCUAUGAGAAAAAAAAACACGCUGUUUUGGUAAAUAGCAUCACUUAUAGGAAUAUUUCUUAUAAACUAUUUUUAUCGAUUGUUUACUUUGGUGAAAUAAACGGAAUGGUUUACAAAAUGUAUGUACUUGGAAAUAUGAAAUUAUUUUAGCACCCCAGUUAUUGGCAUUGACAUUAUUGGUUAUCAACUGGUAUUUUAAAAAGCAUUUUGCUGAAGGUUAUUUUAUAAAUAGAAGCAAAUAAGGGUUUGGAGGGGAAUAUAUUUUAGGAGGAGUUUUGCCCUAAUUAUUAAGUACUGCACCUAAACCAAAGACUUGAUAUGACUUCUGUUUAACAGUGGUAGUUUCAGGUGACGAACCGCAUUUAGUGUUACUCUACAUUUUAAAAUGGUACUUUGAUGCCAUCAACUGUCUAGAAAGUUGACUCUGAACAGUUACCACUGGUAUAAGCUACUGUACAUAGAAAGCAAAUCACUUUUUGUAAAAGAAGAAAAAACAAAAAGUUGUGUGUUUUAGACAGAAGCCGUCUUAUUAGACAUUCUGUCUCUUUGAGCAAUUUAAAAUAAGGAGAAGAUUUCAUAUUUUGCUAAAGAUUCCUCCAUUCCCGGUGCUGAGAAUAAAGGUAGCUAGCAGCCGAUUUCCUUUAGAUUGUCUGUUUCCUCUUUUUUGUAGAACACACCUGUUAAAUGCAGCCUCACGUGCCAUAACGAUGAAAUCAGAGCUCUGUUUUCACCAAAGAACAGACCAAUUAAAAUACUUAUUUACAGAAGUAGCAUAGUUCUAUAAAAAGGAAAAUGAACUUUGACUUAAUGUUCUUUGUAAUGUACUAUUUUAUUAUGUAUUUCUUUACAUUUAGCCUUUGUUUUUUAGAGUUAAAUUAAUUUUUGUUGAAUGAAAUGACUUCAGGCAAGUCUCUUUUUAUAACAGUUUUUCAAAUGACUUUAUCCUGGUUUGUCAUGUUGUGUGUAUUUGCAAGUAUAAACAUACUCUUUCCUAAAAGUUGGCAAAUGAAUAGAAGUAGGAAAUAAUGGCUUUGCUUACUAGUACAGGAUGAAAUGAUUAGAUUGGAAGUGUCUGUAAAAUCUUUGUCAGGCCUGACGGGGUACAAUUUUUAAAACUUUGCAGUGUGGUUUGUAUACAUGUAUACAUGUUGCCAAUAAUAAGAUUUUGCAACUGGAUAACGCAUGAUUUUACUUGAAUAGUGGAGGACAAAGUCACGAUUGCAAAAGACAUUUUUAUAAUAUGUUUUUUCAGAGAUCACCCCAAACCCAUAACGACCUAAAAGAGUGAAAUGCAAUUGCUAAAAUUUUGUUGGUUAAUGUAAAGAUGUAACUUGUCUGUACUGUACUUUAUAGGAUUAUAAAGAUAUUCUAAUCAGCAUUAUAUUUUGCAUGAUGUAGUAAACCUUUUAAAAUGUGUGUUAAAAUAUGUUGAGUAUGGAUUAAAAUGUUGACCAGAUUUCACAUUUGAAAAUAAACUCAUCUCUCAUUAGGAGGUUACCUAUUGGUGACAUGACAGGGGAUGGAUUAAUCAGCAAAAGUCAAUUGUGAAUCUCCACAAAAG